UUUACACGGGCGUAAGCCCCAUUGAGCCCUGUGGCACUUUCUCAGCAAACCCAGAGGAAUGUUUAACAGGGCGACGGCGGGCGGGGAUAAACAAAGGGUCAUCCGCCCGGCGCGCAACGUUACGUGACCCACACCAGGACCGCGCAUGGCGAGGCUCCGGCGCCCUUGGCAGGCUGCUCUGCGUGCGCGCCGCGGAGACGAACGCGGUAAAGAGAAACGGCCUCAAAACAAAGGAAUUCUUCCUCCAACCCUUGGUGCAGGAUCCCAGCCUCCGACCUGCAACGCGCCAGCCAAGGAGCCUGCAGAGCGCCGCGCGGGUUGCAGACCCUAGCGCGGGAGUGCGCGCUCCGCCUGCCCAAACUCCGCCUGCCCGCGGUGCGCGGAGACGACGGCGCGAUGCGGCUCCUCGCCACGCGGGAAGCAGCGAGGACACUCCCCUUUCCCGGCGCCCAGAAGUGGCGGAGGUAGUGGCGGUGACGACGACGACGACCACUAGGGAGCCUUGCCCGUUUAAAUCCCCCAAGCGGCUCAGUCUGAACGAGGGAUGUUUCCCGCAGAAGCGGCGCUGCACUGCAAGGCUCGGCCAGACGUGUUCCUGGCUGCGCUGGAGUGAAGAAGGCGCGAUUUGGCGGCGCUUGGCACCGACCGAGGCUUCCUUCUUGUGCUCUAGGGGAGGUGGCGCCGAGGAUAAAGGUUGGAACGGACCGAGAUUUGUCCUCGCUCCUGCGAGGGAAAUCUGCUUUGGAGAAGCCUGCCUGCCUGCCUAGCCCAAGCUGAGGUUAGUGGCUUUGGAGCCCUUCGUUCCCGCUGCUCUUUCUCCUGCUGUUAUUUGGCGUGCGUAAUUGCGAGCGGCCUGUGCACUCCUACAGCUAUGCGCAGCGUUUCCCUUCUCCCUUUCCGCCGCCCCCCUUUUUUUGCACUAGGCAUGGAUUUUGCGCUGGUUGCUUGCGGAGUGGGAAACGGGGGAAGAUGAACGCCCCUCUCGAAGGCCGGCGGCGAGGUCUGCAACGAAACAGACGCAGCAGCAGGCAUGAUGAACUUAAUGUUCAUCGCGGUUUUUGGAAACAUGCCUGUUAUUACGCACUUUGCGCGAAAGAUCUCGCCUCGCGGGUGGGUGGCGUGGAGAGAGAUGCAGGAAAGGCGCGCGCGCGCUUGACAUUUCCUGGCUCCCUCCGGAGGAAUUGCUUCUCCGGUGUCUCCUCGCACAUAAUGCAACAGUUAAUUCAGCAGCAGGGUUGUUACAUGUGUCGAAGGGGGUGGGGAACGGGAGAGAAAGAGAUGCAGCCAGGACAACAAGCGGAAUGUGUGUGGCAAUGGAGAUGUGGAAUUAUGUCAGUUCUCAUCAUGCUCCCCCAUCCCCGCCCGCUUUCCCACAAUCCCGAUUAAUCCACUUCGCUGCUUAGCCUGUACAGUGAGACACCGCGGCUGCACUGGGCAUGCUCUCCGUCAUAUGCACAGGCAUAUUAUCUUGUCCUCUCUCCUGAGCUUAAACCCAGGCUGGGAGCUUCAACUUCAUAUCUGCAGGUCCCGUCCAUCCCCAAUAUUUCUGCUUUUUUUCUUAGAGGCCUGUUGGAAUACUCAGGGAUUUGUCAGCAUUGUUCCAAAGCUGAGAUCUUCAGCUGCUGGGUGGGCAUUUGCAAGAGAGAAGACUGAUUCAUAUUAAAGUCCUUUCCUUCUGACUUAGAAUGUACAAAGCAACCCAGUGCAUAUUUCACCAUAACUAAAACCAGUGGGGCUUAUUCUUUAGCAAGUGUGUGCAGGAUUGCAACCUUACAAAAGGAAACACUUUUAUUCCCCACCCUCCACUCCCCAAGUUUGUACUAAACAUGGUGCUGUAGCCAACUAAAUCAUGCUCAGAAUCACCCAUUCAAAUCAGGUCCAGUGAUUUCAGUGGGUCUGCUCUGCGUUUGAUUUAGUUGGCUUCAGCUCAUGCUCUCCUUGCUCCUUAUACAUUGCACUUACAUGGUUCUGCUUCUUUUUCUUUCAACUCGAAAUUCCUCCUCAAAAAUGCAUUUGCCUAGUUAGUCCAGCUGUAGUCCAACCCCCUGCAAUGCAGGAAUCUUUUGCUCAAUGUCCCACGACUUAGAGGAGUCUCAUGUUGUACUGACAGGAAGCCUAACAGUGCAUAAUCCUAUGCAUCUCUAUUCUGAAGCAAGCCCCAUAUAAUUCAAUGGAAUUUCCACCCAGGGAAGCAGAUAGGAUUGUAGCCUACAUACAUAUGACAGUAUCUGCACCUCUCCUGUUACUCUCCUUUCCCCCUACUGUAUGUUCUGCGGGGCAGAGACCUAUAAAUUAGUGCUAGAGCUAUGGUCAGAAACUAAAUACAUCAACAUCUUUUGCAUUUUUAUUCCUGGAGAAGAAAACAUACAAGAGUAGGAACUAUUUCCAGAUCUUGAUGUAGUAAUCAAUAAUAUAAUUUCUUAAUGCUCUGUAUAAUUCCCAGUGAUUCAUUGGGCAGUAUAAACCAGUACUAUCUGAAUGACGAAGUGCCAACUUCAUUCAAGGAAGAUGGGGCGUAUUGAUUGAUAUGUUGCAAAUAAACAAUGCCAUCCAAUCAAACCCUUUUUACACUGCAGCCAGGAGGAAGUCCUAUUGAGUUAAAAGUGCCCUGUGUUGACUGAAUUGGACCCAUAAAUGUUUAGUAUCAGUUCCGCCAUGUUUCUACAUUCUAGGGCCUACCUCUUCCUAAGUGGAACUGAUUACUGAGCGACAAACCAGCAACAGUACCCAUGUGCAGGAGAGCAAACGAGUUGCUUACUUGAAAACUCCUCAGAUUUAAGCUCUCCCUGACUAUGCAAAGCUUUGCCAUGUCUGGGAGAUGUAGUCCUAGGAUUAGAGAAGGCUGCCUUGUAGCAAGUCAGCGGCUUGCAAGGAUUUCAGACAGGAGACACUUUCAGCUCCAGCUGAAGAUGCUGGGGAUUGAAUGUGGGACUAUAUCAGCGUGCAAGGCAGUUGCUACCACCCACCCUCACCCCCAUAAAGAUUCUGCCUUAGCUUUCUUCCUGACAUGGCAGCUUUGCAUGCCGUGAGAACCUGAAAUGUCUUUCAAGUACUGGCACUGGUAGAGUUCUUUGGUACUGCUGUAUCAUAGGCAACUUGGGAUGUCUGGUUUGCUUUCAGAUUCAUUGCCUGUGUGCAGAAUGGCUGUGUGUGUGUCUAUAUAUAAAGGCACACAAACUCAGCACAGUACAGGAUAUGAUCUCACCCUUCUUCUUCUUCUUCUUCUUCUUCUUCUUCUUCUUCUUCUUCUUCCUCUUCCUCUUCCUCUUCCUCUUCCUCUUCCUCUUCCUCUUCUUCCUCAGCAAUCACUUGUAGCUGAGUAAGAUUGUCUUCCAUGGAGCAUGGUCUUAACAGUGAGUCCAUGAUUGUGGAGGCCAAUUCUGGAUCCACACGUCCUUCCACAGUGGAGACAUAGGUUUCUGGGUGGGAGUUUAUCACAGUGAGGGUUCGCCAAACAUGCCUUCCUCGUAGCACAUUUCCCCCUUUUGUCCUGAGUUCGAGUGUCUUCAAAGCCCAUGACACCUUUGGUAAAGGCUGUUCUCUAACUGGAGCACUCGCAUGCCAGUGUUUCGCAGUUGUCGGUGUUUAUACUACAUUUUUUAAAGAUUUCUCUUGAGACAGUCUUUAAACCUCUUUUCUUGACCACCAGCAUUACGCUUUCUAUUUUUAAGUUCAGAAUCGAGUAGCUGCUUUGGCAGACAAUAAUCAGGCAUCCAAACAACAUGACCAGUCCAACAAAGUUGAUGUUGAAGAAUCAUUGCUUCAAUACUGGUGAUCUUUGCUUCUUCCAGUACACUGGCAUUCGUCCCCCAGUCUUCCCAAGUGAUGUACAAAAAUUUUCAGAGACACCAUUAAUGGAAUCCUUCGAGGAGUUGGAGAUGGAGUUUAUAAGUGGUCCAUCAUCUCAGUGUAGUGCAUAUAAAACUGCAGAUUGAUUUUCCUUGAGUGUUUUAUACUGGGCCUGUGCACCAUUUGGCCACACAAAAGGAGGUGGCCUUUUCUGUACUUGUCCAAUCAGCUCUCAGGAGACGUGCAUGGCUGUAUUUUACACACUGUCUUCGCCAGGGCUAGCCAACAUGGUGCCCUGUGGAUGUUGUUGGAUUCUGACUCCCACAUCAGCCUCAUUCAACAUGGCUGGUGGUCCAAGAUUAUAGGAGUUGUAGUCCAGUGACAUUUGGGGUGUGCCAUGUUGACUCCCCCCCCCCCCCCCGUUUAGAUAGUUUCAGUUGCCUUCGAGUGAAUUUACAAGCUAUAAAUAGUUAUCCAAAUCUACUCCUGGGAGUUUAUCAACAUCAUAAGUAAUUUAAGUAAUUUCCACUACAUAAAGAAACCUGGAAACCUCUAGGUACCUUUUUCUCUCAGGGUUUCCCCUUGCUAACCACCCCCCGCUGCAAUUAUUAGAUUCUUUGGCAGAAAGAAAUGAUAGUUGUGUACAAAAUACAUUUGAACCAAAUGAUAUUCCUUUAAAAAAAACAAAACGCUUUGGAAACAGCUGCUGCUGUCUGUACCUAAUCCCAAAGUGAAAACCAAAUGAGGGAUUUAUUAUUAUUAUUAUUAUUAUUAUUAUUAUUAUUAUUAGUUUAAAUGAAGCAAGUGCUCCUUUAGUGUUUUAUGCAUCUGCCCCUUCAUGCCACGAGCUGCAGCUUCCCUCCACCCCAGGGAAUCCAUUUGAAAGGAAAGGUCAUAAUGCAGCAGGCUGAAGGCUUUCCCUCCCGAGCUUGCGAGUUAAGUGCCCCACUGGGGUGGUUGCUCACAUGUUAAGUCCUGCUUUGCAUUUUGGGGUUGUGAACCCUGCACUCCUAACGAAGAGCAACAGAGAUAUUUGACAAUACUUUCCCCCUUCAUUCCAGCAACAGUCAGGAUAUAGCCCUAACCUUGUCGAUAACUAAUGCAUUGUGGAUCUGGGCUGCAUAUCUUUCCAGCAGGAAAUUCCUUUUCCUACUCUUUCUCUAGAGGAUUUCACCUUUUCGUUCUGAGUUAAGCUGUGUGGUGUCUACCCUGCUCCCCCUUCCCAUGAUAAACCAUUUCUUGGGCACUUUCCCCCUUAGUUCUUUAUCGAUGAAGAAGUGGGAGGUGUUGCCUUAUGUCUAGCCUAACACAAAACACCAUAAGUCACUGGAGAGGAGGAGUCCUGCUAAAUUCACUCCCCCCACCCCUUGCCACCUCCACAGCAAAGAAGGGGGGGAAAUGCUGGAUGAGUGACUGUACCAAUGCCUAAACAGGAGACACCAUUUCGCCUCAGGGACAGAAGCAGUGAAGUGAAUGAACACAUUGUGUGGCUGGCUGGCUGGCUGCUGCAACAUCUGAUGUUAUGUUACAUUGCAUGCACAAAGAUGACCUCACGGUGUACAGUAUUUCUCCAUCUCUGAUUAUAUGAAGCAGGUCCAAGUCACAGGCAUUUCAUAGCUCUGUAGUAAAGGCCAUUAUCCACCGCAUUCUCCAUGAAGGCCAAAUUAUACAGUAUUUGGGACUGUCCUAGGUUUACCUCUGAGCAAAGAAUCUAGUGCAAGCAGAGGACAUGUGUCCAUGGUAACAUUCUAAUUUAAAUAAUUCUAAAGAUAAGCUUUCAGUGAAAGAAUCUCAUAGUGAUCUCAGAAGGUUGCAGAUUUUACAUCUAUAUCUAUCUAUCUAUAUCUAUCUAUCAUCUAUCUAUCAUCUAUCUAUCUAUAUCUAUCUAUAUCUAUCUAUCUAUCUAUCUAUCUAUCUAUCUAUCUAUCUAUCAUCUAUCUAUCUAUCUAUCUAUCAUCUAUCUAUCUAUCUAUCUAUCUAUAUCAUCUAUCUAUCUAUCUAUCUAUCAUCUAUCAUUUAUCUAUCAUCUAUCUAUCAUCUAUCUAUCAUCUAUCUAUCUAUUAGUAUUAAAUAACAGCAAUUUAUUGCUGUUACUCAGCAAUACUGCACAUUUACUCAGAAUGUAGUCCUACUGAGUUAGUGGCCCUUACUCAAGUGUAUACAGGAUUGCAGCAUAAGGCUGCCCUCCUCUUGGGAGUAAACCCUAUUGAACUCAGUAGGACUUAGUUCUGGGUGAAUGUGCUUAGGGUCAGACUGUAACAGAGCACAUCAACCCUACUUUGUCCUGUGCUACUGCAUUAGAGAUGGAUGCUACAGCCAUCAUACUGUUUCACAGCUAUGAACACUCUGUUGCAGUUGAAGAAUCCAUUCCCUUCAACGGAACAGAAAACCAGACAUUCUUCUUGUUAGCUCCCUCUGAGCUCUUGAAUUAUGAACAUAAUUCUACAUGAAAUUCUGUUUUUAGUAUAUAAUAAGGUGGUGGAAGAAAAGCACUUUAUGGUUUAUUUAAGAGAAUAUCUGAAGUAACUUUUCUUUUAGCAUGUGACACGUGUUUCCUACACGUGCUUCCAGAUGAGCGGGGUAUAAAUAAUAGAUUAUUAUUAUUAUUAUUACUGAAAUAUUCCAAUGCACUGUAAAAAUACGAUACUUUUCUAGAAAAGGGGUUGCACUGCAUCUUGACAAAAUUAACUGAUUUUAAUUUUUCACAUGUGGAAUUUCCAGUGGCAAAUAGUAUUUUGUGGUUGGCAUAAGUGUCCCAGCCAAAAGGCCCAAUCAGGAUGAGGAUGUUAAUUGCUGGGUGCUGAGCAAACUGCUCUCUAGGUAUGGCUGCGUAAGUAUUUGUUAUUUUAGGUAGGCACCUCCUCCAGUGUGCAAAUUAUAGUGUUAAAUAGAGUCUCUAUUCCUCAAGUCAAAUGGAGGCUUCCAUUAUUCUAUUUUUAGACACACACACACACACACACACACACACACACACACGGUCUCAAGUUAAAUGACAAGGGCUGCAUUUUCCAGAUUGUUUAUUCAAGAGGAACCUUCCUUAAAACAGCAGCCUCAUGCUGAGCAUGUAAUUUGACAAGUGAUGCCCGGGGCUCUGUCUGUUACAUAAACUCUCUUGGAAGUGGGACACAAGUUCAGUGGAGCUCUGCGGGGGUUAGGGAGAAGCCACUUGGCAGCUUGGAAGAGAGGCACAUUGCCUGUCCAUCAAACCUCUGACACCCUGCAACCUCUGCAAUGCCAGUAUAAAGCAAGUAGGGUGGAUAACAAGGGGUUGCUUAUGUUGGACUGGGUGGAAAGAAAUGGCUUGUUUCCCAAUCCCACAAUCCCCUGCACACUGUUGUGUGCCCGUAUCAGGGAUGAGGAGCCUGUUGCUCUCCAUCCAUUUGGGGGUCCAGCUCCCAUCAGCCAGUUUAGCAUAAAGGUCAGGGGUGAUAUGCUCUAUAGUCCAGUAUCUUGAGGGCCACAGAUUCUCUGUUCCUGGCCCUCAGAGUAAACCAUGGCCUCUAAAAAGGAGUUGCGAACAUGGCACCCAUGGGCUCCUGUGUGACUGUGGAUACCUUCUAUAGCGCACACAGAGUUCUCUUUUACUAUAAACCAAAAAUUAGGCUUGAAAGAAGCUUUCCAUUGUUGCCAAUAUAAUAGGUUGUGAUGUUUGUGUGUGUGAGGCUCACAACAGGUUUUUGGUUUUUAUUAUUUGCAAAUGUGCCCAAGCCCCAGAAGUGGGCAACAGACUGUUACAGCUCAACAAGUGCUGCUCCUAGACCAGGGGUGUUGUUGGACUACAACUCCCAUCAGUCUCAGCCAACCUUGCCAGUGGUUGGAGAUUAUGGGAGCUGUAAUAUUUGGGAGGCUGAAAUUUUCCACCCCAGACAGUGCUUGUUGAAUGCUAAUAAUGCCUUAGGCUCCUUCAGUCCCACCUAUCCUUUUCUUUGGUGGAAAUCCUCAUGGAACAGGCUGCUGCUAUCUGUUCAGCCUGGGCUUGCAUAGACCUGGGCAGAGUGAUGUCACUGUCUAUGGAGCACAAUGUGCUGUGAUUCAUGGUGACCUGUUUGCUAUAUGAAUGGGCAGUGGAGCAGUUUGGUCUGCAUCGCCAUGAAGGUAGCAUGGAUAGGGAUCCACAGGAAUGUGUGAAUGCGUGUGUCAAAGGGAUGGAGAAUUCUCUGCCUCUUUGUGACUCCCCCCAGCCCUUGUAUCUCAAAUGAAUAUGGAUGUCCACAUAGUCAUUUCAUAUCAAGCUUCCAGAUGGCAUGGUUACUCUUAUAUUCAUUUCUGCUGCCAUUGGUUCUUAUAAUGUGGUGAACAGGAGGGCACAGAUUAUGAGAAUGAAUUUAACUCAUGUCCUUGCUGAAGUCGUCCCUCCAAACUGGAACUGACAUUUGAUCAUCAGUUUUGCAGAACUGAAGGGACACGGGUGGCGCUGUGGGUUAAACCACUGAGCCUAGGGCUUGCUGAUCAGAAGGUCGCGGUUCGAAUCCCCGCGAUGGGGUGAGCUCCCGUUGCUCGGUCCCUGCUCCUGCCAACCUAGCAGUUCAAAAGCACGUCAAAGUGCAAGUAGAUAAAUAGGUACCGCUCCAGCUGGAAGGUAAACAGUGUUUCCAUGCGCUGCUCUGGUUCACCAGAAGCGUCUUAGUCAUGCUGGCCACAUGACCCUGAAGCUGUACGCUGGCUCCCUUGGCCAAUAAAGUGAGAUGAGCACCGCAACCCCUGAGUCAGUCACGACUGGACCUAAUGGUCAGGGGUCCCUUUACCUUUACCUUUGCAGAACUGAUAAGUACUAACAAGGUUCCACUGAAAAGUCCAGCAUCUACUAUGGCCCAGCUGGGUCAGAGAGUGGCUAGUAGUCAUCAUUGCCUCGCUGAGCUUCUCGAGGAGAAAGGAUGGGUUAUGAAUUUAAUAAAUAAAUGACUUCCUCUAGUUUGAUGCAAAAAAAUAGAAUUUAUUCAGGGAAAUCUCCACAAUCCUGGCUGAGGGCAUCUAUCUAUCUAUUCAUUCUACCUCUAACCUGAAUUCAUUGACCAACCAUGACAAAUACCCCAAAUCCCUAUUUUUGGCUAUUUAGUUCCUCCCUGGGAACAAAAGAAUUGGACAUUACUACUGACUGCAUUCCUCAGCAGAUGGGCUGUUCAGUACAGUUUUUGCAGACAAGUAUAUUUUAAACCAUUGCUUUGAAUUCUCUUUCUGAUUGCCAUGACAUCCCCAACAGCCAAGGACAGCCUUUCUCUGAUAAUCCAUGAUAAAUUUGUUUGCUUUUUUUGGCCCAGUACCUGGCUAGAGUUGUGCCAAGAUUACACCGUGUUAAGUCACUCACCGUUAAUCCACAAGAUUUCUGGGUCUGUUUCUUGCAGACCUGACUUUUCUAUGGAAAGUGAUGCAGGAAUAAAACUGCUAGCACAUUUGUAAUGCUAAGCAGGGUCCUCUAUGGUUUCAAAUUGGAUGGCAGACCGCUUGUUGAGAUUCCUGUAUUGCAGGGGUUGGACCAGAUGAGUCUCCGGGGUCCCUUCCAACUAUACAAUUCUAUGAUUCUAAACAACAACAAAGAAAAUAAAAUUAACAAGGUAAAUUUGGGCAGUCAUAAAGGAGAAAGGGAGAACUGAAAGGGAGACUCUUGGCUCUGCCUUCAUUUUUCAAAAUCCUUGAAUUAUUAUUAAGGUCAGCUGAUAAAAUCUCCUGAUCUGCACUGUUGAUAGAACAUAAUAAAAAUUCUGCCUGCUCAUGUUGGCUAGGUUUUGAAGUCAGUGCUGAGCUGUUUAGUGGAUAAGGUUUCGCACUGUGAAAUCCUGCUGCAUCAUGCUAGAGUAAUUGACUGCUAAGUUAAAGGAUACUGAAGCAUCUUCAGUGGUGGUUAGCUGACUGGAAAAUGCCAGUGUUCAAACAGCACCUUAUUAUGACCAGUUACAAGAUGCCGGGUUCAGGGAGAGGGAGACAAUGUAUGUUUCUGUUCAGCACACUAGAAGCAAACAUUUGGACAGAGUGUGGGCUGGAUGCAUGGGUUCUCUGAGGCUCACCAACGCCUUUGAACACUUCCCCUGGUGCUUGUGUAGCCUCUGAUCACCCCUCUGUCCCCUUUGUCACGAGGUGGCGAGGGCUGUUUACCUUGUCCGCCCUUGAAACACAUAGAGAUGAAGCAGCUGAAGUUGGAAGAGUGGUGCUUUUUCUCACUUCCUCUUUCAGCUCUGGGUGUUUUCCAAGGUUUGGGUUGGUACCUGAGCAGCUGAACAGAAAGCUGAGUGACCAAGAGGGUAGAGAGGAAAGUAAGGAGGGUAGGAGGGGAAGGGAGAGAGGGGAAAAUGACGCAGCCAGCGAGGAGAACAGUGAGGUGCCACAGGAGUCAGAAGAGAAAGAGAAAGAAAAUGGAGAGAGAAGGGUCUUCCCCCCAAGUACAGUACAGCCCCAUCACCACCAUCCAAAGAUGCUCCCGAGUCUGAAUCGUGGAGACUUCUCUAUUUCUAUGCAAUUUAACUGUUUUAAAUCACCCGAGGAGACUUUUUGGUUAGAGGAGGCUCCCUGCAUCAAACUGUUGCCCUCAAACUAAUGGAAGGCUGUAAAUGGGAUGGAAGUGAUGUGCUGCGCAGGGCUGGGCUUGGCAGCCCUCUCCCUCAUGCGAAUGUUUGUGCAAAAGUAAUUUGAAUGCCUGCUUAAGGCUGAAGUGCUGUUAAACUCAUGCUUGAAAAUGAGAGUUCUCCAGAAGGAAACAAAGACACACAGCUUGACCUGCCUUUCGAGAGAGGUUUGUUCCAUCGUGUUUUCAGAAAGAAGGACCUGAUCAGGGGUUGAAUUAAAUUCUCACCUUACAAACAAUGAUAGGCUGGCAUUACUUUGUAAUAAAAUGCCUUGACAUGCCUAAGAUGGCUCAGGACUCAGGAGGUUUGGGGGCUAUGCAGCUUGUUUGUUCUCUGAUUACACCCCCCCCCCGAACUUAUUCUAUGUGUAGUUAUGCAUGUGUGGUCCUAAUCAGGGAAAUUUAUUCCUGGGAGCUUAGUUUUUGUUGUCAUAGAGAUUGUUUGGAGAAAUUCAUACUUACGAGAUGGAAUAAAUGUACUUUUCUCAAGCACUCUGGGAGUAUAAUAAUACGACCAGUUAUGGAUAAUGAAGAAGUUUAAUAAGCACUUUGAGAGUAGAUGUAAUGACACAAUUUCUUUAAGACACAUCCUGUAGUUAAGUCAAAUUGCUCAAAGUGCUGUUUUGACCACUGCUUUACUUAAGCCAAAUAAAAAACCCUUCCUUCCUGAAAUUUCCCAUGAGGCAGUUUCUCUAAAAUGUUUGGUGAUGGGGCAGUUUUUAAAAACAAAGGAAAAUACAGCUUUUCAUUUUCAUGUUGACUCAGCUAAAACAUCUUUUUCGGGUACGAAACACCCUCAGUUUCAUUGGGAGUUCAGCACAUGCUUUAACUUGUUCAUGUUGACAUUAGCAGGACUAAAAAUUGUUUCUGUUGGCUCUAAACUUAGUCCUGCUUAGAGUAUACCCUUGAAUUAUUACCAUUAUUUACUCUAAGCAUGACUAUGUCUGGAUUCAGCCCUUUGAAUCAGUGCCUUUAUGCUGUAAAAGGUCUUCUCAAUUUUGUUUUAUUUGACAUUGUUUGUUUGUUUUAUUCUAUGUUUAUAUGAAGGACAGUUUGCUAUAUCCAAUAAUUUAAAAACAUUUCUGGAAACGUAAGAUCUUAGCAAAUAUUAGUCUUACAAACCCGUAUCCACAGUCUUGUUGACAAGAGCAUUUGAGAGCCACUCCUUUGUAAAGUUAUAGGUUUUUAAUGGGCCACACAAUUGAGACUAGACUUGGAGAAUAAACCUUCUGUAAGUCAGUCUGGAUAGCUCAGUUCGUGACAGCGUGGUGAUGAUAAUGCCAAGGUUGCAGGUCUGAUCAAACAUGGAACAGUUGCAUGUUCCUGCAUUGGUCCCUUCCAGCUCUUAUGUGUCCAGUUUUCAUUAUGGGACUAAACUAUGGUAGUGCUUCCAUAAGCAAAGCAGAAAAACCCAUUUCUUCAGACCUGGAUAGCUUUAAAUUCCAUUUGGGGAGGACCCAUAGCUCUGUGGUGGAACACAUGCUUCUCAAGAAGAAGAUCCCAUGUCCAAUCUCAGACAUCUCCAGUUUUAAAAAGGAUGAAAGUUAAUGGGAGUGACAUUUAUCAGAGUAGACAGUGAGUCACAUGGAUAGCUUGAUCUGGUAUAAGGCAGAUUCCUAUAUAAAAAGUUCCGUUCAAACCAAAGAGACACAAACAUCUUAUAUGAGAGGGUUAUACACUUUUUGAUUCUAAUGAGCUGGGCCUGGCACAUUCACAUCUAAGUGUGGCUGGGAAAUGUGGAGAGAUGUUUGGUGAAAGGGCCACACUGUUUUAACAGGAAAAAGCAAAACUGGGGAACAUGUGGCGAAUAAAUGCAUAGGUAGGCAAGUGCUUAGGAAAUAUGACCUUCCGUAUGUAUAUUAACAACACUUCUCUUGCUCAAAAUGCAAUCUCAGAAGGCUGCUUAUGAUUGCCAAGACUUUCUUUGCCAAUUUUAAGUCUCUGUUUGCUCGCUGAGGGGGCACAGGUCCAGGAUAUUGCUAGUGACUCACCGCCAAGACUGUCAGCACAAUUCAGGGUUGCUGGAGGUUCCCAUGUCCGCUGUCUUCUGACAUUUCCAUUCAUCCCGGACUAAAUCAACAGCAGUAACAACAACAAAAAUCUACAAAUUCAUUAAGUCUUCAGUUAUUUAAUAAAUGAAAUGUUUCACAGAUGACAGGCUAGGCUCUCCAUCUUUAACAGAAAUGUACCACAAGCUUUCCCCCACGUAUGCAGUAAGAUUCUGUGGGCACAUCAUGCAAACUAAUCAUUAAAGCUGGAUUUGAUUUGGUGUGUGCAUGCAUGUGCAUGCUCAGGUUUUGCUCUAUAUUUAAGAAGCUUUAGGAGUCCUGCAUGUACUUGCUUAAGAGUUUUUUUCUCAUUUUUGCAAAGCUUUGAUGAAGAGGACUUUGUGGGAUCGGCUUGUUUCGUAAGCACAGCCUAGGCUGGAAACUGAGUUUGGAAAUUAAAAAUGAAAGUGACUUUUUGGAAAGUAAAGCAUCUGCCAAACCUGGACCACAAACUUUCCAAGUAAAAUGAUUUUCUUUCUGGUGAGGAAGGCAAACUGAGAAAAUCCUAAAAAAUGAACUGUGGAUGCAAGAAAACAAAACCAUGAGACCAAAACCACCUGAAAUGAAAUUCACUGCUGACAAAAGAUAACUGACUUGCAUGUUUUACAUGUCAAAUAAAAAUGUGAAUGGAAAGCAAAAUAUAGAUAAAAUUGGUGAAUGUGAGUUACAACCUCUGCUAUGAAGUUAUUGGGUAUUCUAUAAAAAACAACAACCCUGCAAGGUGCCAUGAUUUUUGGACAAUUGAUUAAAACCAUGAUAAAGAACACCCUGAACUGCUUCUUUAAACUAACCAGAUUUGUAAGUCAGUUGAAUAACUUGGGAUCCUUAUGGCUCAAAUGCUGAAAUUUGCUGCUUUUGCUUUUGCAAAUACAGUGGUACCUCGGGUUACAUACGCUUCAGGUUACAGACUCCGCUAAGCCAGAAAUAGUGCUUCAGGUUAAGAACUUUGCUUCAGGAUGAGAACAGAAAUCGUGCUCCGGUGGCACGGAGGCAGCAGGAGGCCCCAUUAGCUAAAGUGGUGCUUCAGGUUAAGAACGAAUUAAGUAGUACCCGAGGUACCACUGUAGAUGCUUGGGAUACCAUUCGAGGCAAACUGUCAAUAUGCGUAUUUUAAUGCUGGGCUAUAAUUUUAGAUAACAGAUUUGAGUAUCCAACUUAACUGUUGGUCUCAGCUCAGCACCAAACCAUUAUUUAUUUUCUUACAUCGAUAUCCUUCCUUUCACUUCUCAUGGAACCUUUCCUCCCACUGCAUAAAUGGGGGAGAUUCUGAUGGGGGGGGGAUACAAGGUUAUCUCCCCUCUCCUGCCAGGCCAUAAUCGCAGUCCAGCGUGGGGUCCAGCCAUGUCAGUUUCUUCUUUUAAACAACUAUAAAAGGGCAAAUGAUGUGAAAAAUGCCAUGUCUAGUUUGGCCCUUAAUUUUAUGAAAUCAGUCAGUCUCCUCCAGGGAAAGUAAGCAGAGGAUCACAGUCUUAUUAUGUGAUACUUCAAAGAAGGGCUGUAUUUAGGUUUACAGGUUUGAAUGCAGUAUUCAUCUUGGUCCCAUUGCAUGGGCUGGAUGCAUCUUCUGAUGUGGGUGGAAAUGUAAACUCCACAUCCAUGCCUGCUGGAUUAAUUGCCCAGUAGAUGUGCUUCACCAAAUAUGUAGGAUGGAACACUCCUAAUUAGCGGAUAGGAGCAUUAUAAUCUUCUGUUCCAGUAGGUAGUAGGCAAACUCUAAAACAAACAACAGUUUUGGGUCCUAUACUGUAUUAAAGGAACACCUAGAAAAAGAAAGUUGGUUUAGCUUAUGAGAUACGGAAUCCACCAUUAAAGGAAACUAAACUACAGUAAUGAUAUAAAAGUUUACUUUGGGGAAAUCAAUUCAGACAAAAUACAUGUGGAAUCGUUUCGUUUUUAAAACUGAAUGAUAACCAAAACUGUUUUUAUCAUAUAGGUGGACGGAAGAUGCACAGUGAAUCGUUGAGAAAUGGAAUACCUUUUUGACGCUGAUUGAAGGAAAUUCCCGUGCCAGCCUGCUGACCCAAUUGAUGCAGAAUCUCCCCCUAAAAUGUUCUGAAAAUGUACAGUAUUGCCAUUAAUUUAUUCCACUGAAAUAACUGCAGAAAUAUAUUCUGGAAUGACGAUAUUCAAUGCUCACUGAUAGUCAAUAAUUAUUAUUAUUACUAUAAUAAAGGACCACAUUCUCAAGUCCAUUGAAGGAGCACUGAGGAUGCCAUCGAUCACAAGAGCUUCAGGUAGCAGAACCAUCCAUUAACUUCUUCUUAUAAGUUUCAGCUUUCAACCAAUUAGCAAAUAUUAACUGAUCAAUAGUUCCAACUAAACAUUUGUAUCACCAGGCCAUCAUGAGGUCCAGCUUUUCCCAUUGCAUUACUGCAGUGUCUGCAAAAGCUGCAUUCUGCAGAAUUAUCCUUCCUUUGUGUGUGUACGUGUGUACAAGGAUCCUGCACUAUUGCAGAGGGAAGUCAGAGUCCCUUGAUUCUUAAUCACAAGUAGAUGAUUUAAUCAGUUAGCCACUUAGUUGACAUGUUGGAUGGACUAGCCUUAGAUAGCAUUAUUCUGCCUUUACAGACCCAUCUUUCCAUAGGCUUAUACUAUGGGCAAACCACAAUUUAAAUAGGAGACUGAUAACCCAGUGCUAAAUCGGUUCCUGCUUAAAGGCUGUGCAGUCUUGCCAUCAGAGAUAGACGGUAACUUUAGAAGUCCAACUCUGCUUGAUGUAGGGUCUGCUUGAUGCAGCGGAGCAACUACAGCCUCCCUGAUGGAUGGCUGCCCACUCUUGCAUCACCUUUGAAAAAUACUCAAGGUCAGACUGAUGUGAAUUGGUGCCCAACAAUGUGUGUGGUGCCAUAGGUUCUUCUGAAUGCCUUGCUUUAUUUCCAUUCACAGCUGAUGUACAUACAGCAGUAUCGAGAGGAUAGUAGCGGCUGAUCAUAUACAGCACUACAAUGUCAACAUUUAUUUUAUCUAUUCAUUUGCUGCAUUUAUAUCCCACCUUUUUUGCUCCAUGGAGCCUGGUGGCUUCCAUAGUUCUACCACCCCUCAUUUAAUCCCCCCAACAAUCCUGGGAGGUAGAUUAGGCUGAGAGGCAGUUGCUGGUCCAAGGCCAUCAAGUGAGCUUCAUGGACGAGUGGGGAUUUGAACCCUAGUCUCCCAGGUCCUCACCACUACACCACCACUGGUUCCUGUUUGGUGUUGUUUGCUACUGGUCAUCCUUCAAAAAGCAGGGCCACAUACAAGAGUGAUUGGAAGAUGGUGCAGUCUUAGGUGGGCUGAAUUUUAGUUGCAUAAUAGCUUUGCUGGGCACUCAAGCUACCAGUUCUCAGAAGUCUUUCCAAAUUGCAAAUCGUAUAGUCAAAUCUCCCCACACACAGAUUGGAGUCUUAGUUAUGCAUCAAAGCAUUUAAAGAGGUAUUACUGUUUCAGUGUGUGACCAAACUCAUUCCACAGGCUCCGAACUGAACUUUGUGCUCUACUGAUAUUGUAUGAAUUGCCUGCUGGACUCAUUGCUUUCCUGCUUAAGUCUGCAGUUUUCUCGGUGCAAUUAAGGCUGCAAAAUAAUGUGUGCUUAUGUAGAAGCCGGAUACCAUCAAAACUCAUGAAACUUACUUCUCAGUAAAAACAGAUAGGAUCUGGCAAAGAAGCUAUCUCACCGCAAACCGAUGCACCUUUAGUUGGAAGUAAAUCCUGGUGAACUCAGGCUACUUCUGAGUAGGCCCAUGACCAUCAGAUUAUUACUGUACUUCUGUGCAGAAAUAGCCCUUAGAAAUGUUAAAGGGAGGAUGGUGUAGAUUUUGUUAACCAGAGCAUCAAUUGAAAACAGGUAUAAUGCUUCCAUUUCUAAAGCAGCAAGUUUUCAGUUCUCAAGGUUAUACAGAUCAGUUUGAAAGUAAGGGUGAUAACCUGGUGAAAUCUAAAAGCUGGCUCAGAGCAUGGAGUGUAAGAACUUGGAGGAAGAAAUCAUGUAAACACACAAAGCUCUGCCUAGAUUGCAUAAUCUCCAGAGGUUAAAUUUGCCUUGGUGCAGAAUGUUAAGUUUGGCUUGACAGGGUGAGAACAAGACUUUGCUAAUAGGGUAGACAGGCUUACAGAAAUAUUCAGGGGAAGGGUUGGAAAUGAGGAAAGUGGAUAACCACUUCUGAUCCACUGCAGAACGAUGUGAUUUACUGAGAAGAUAUAAAGCCAUCUUGAGGAUGCCAUAAAAUGACUUUGGAAGAAUGGGAGCUGGGUAUCCGGAAAUCCCCUGCACAGAUCUUCCGGCCCCACCUCCCUAGGACGUGCGAUAAUUUAUUAUACUGUAUGUAGGCUUUGCAAUGCCACUCAGGGAUAUUGUGACCUGAUCAAACAGCGCGAGCUGAACUAUAUACACCCUUCGGCAGUUCAAAAGUUCAGCGGUGAGCGGCUCUCUAGCUGCUGAGAGAAGCCCGACGGCUGGGAAACUAGUGCGGAAAUUGAACAAGCGCCAAGGGGAAGGGAAAAAACCAACAAAAACCCAACCCAAGCUAAGAGCUGAGCAAAAGCGAGCGUCCACAGUCGCCUCCAGAGCUGCCAGGCAGCACGAGGGGAGGCAGUGGGAGGAAAAGGAGGUGCCUGCGAGGGAGGGCAAGAGAAGCAGGAGACAGAGAAAGAGAGAGGGGGGGUGGCUGGCAGGCAGGCGAGAGCCCUCCAAGGGCCGAUGGAGAACUCAGCGCUGUCUUGUGUCCUUCCCCCAGGUGAGAAUGGGACUGUCGGCGAGGUCGAGGCGCGCUGCGGGGAGAUGGAGAUGGCGCAGCCCGCGCAGCUAGCGUCGCCGAGGAAAGCUGCCGGUGGCGAGCAAGCGGCGGUGAGGAGCAGCCCGCCGUCCGCCCCGAUGGAGCGGCGCGCUGCGGCAGACGGCGAGGACGGCAUCCUCGGCAGCGGCGGAACCAGCGCCGAAUCGCCCGCGCCCUGCGGCUUCAGCUCCUCGCUGUGCUUCAGCUCUCCCGGAGACAAAGCCCCGGCACCCGAGCACGACGCAGCCUCCUCGCCGUCGUCGGCGGGCAGCGGCGGAGGCAGCCGCGUGGUGCAAAGCCAGUGGGAGAUCAACAACGCGGCGUCCGAGUCGGAGGAGGAGGAAGGUGGAGGGGAUAGCAGCAGCAGCAGCAGCCAGCCUUCGUCGUCGCAGCAGCAGCCGUCGUCCCCUCCGGCUCCCGCGCAGGCCGUCGGCGAAGCGCUCCUUCAGGACCCGUGCGCCUCUCCGCCGGGGGGGACGCAGCCGGAGGAAGAGCCCGACCUGGUGAUCGAGGUGUCGGGCCGUCGAAUCCGCGCGCACAAGGCGGUGCUGGCGGCCAAGAGCGACUACUUCCGCGCGCGCUCGUCCAGGGACAUCCUGCGCGUCAAGGGCGUGAGCUACGCGGCGCUGCGCCUGCUACUCGACUACGUGUACACGGCGCGCAUGGGCGACGUGCGCCACGACAACCUGGCCGAGGUGGUGAGCGGCGCGCGGGUGCUGCAGAUGCCGUGCGCCCUGCACUGCGCCGCCGAGGCCAUGAGGGCGCAGCUGCGCCUCGACAACUGCCUGCAGCUGCUGGGCCUGGCCAAGAAGCAGCGGCUGGCCGAGCUGCGCGAAGCCGCCUACCGCUUCAUGAGCGACCACUACCUGCAGGUGCUGCGCGAGCCCGCCGUCUACGGGCGCCUCAGCGGCGCCGAGAGGGACCUGAUCCUGCAGCGCCGCCUCGACGCCGGCAAGCCCUGCCUGCUGGUGGCCGAGGUGAGCGACGCCUUCGAGAGGCUCAACGCCGGGAGCAGGCCGCAGAGCCGAGAGAGCAGCAGGCCGCAGAGCCCCUCCUCCGUGGUGUCCCUGGACGACGGUGGCUACCUGCUCUACAGCUACCACGAGGUGGCCAAGGAGUGGAGGGUGCUGACCCGGCUGCCCGACGAGGCCAACGCCAAGGGGUGCGCCAUGUGCGUGCUCUACAACUACCUCUUCCUGGCUGGGGGCAUCUCCACAGGGCCAGGGGAACCCCGCGCCAGGCUCUCCGACAAGGUCUUUUGCUACAACCCCUUGACGGACACCUGGAGCCAGGUGAAGCCCAUGGGGCAGCCUCGCUCACAGCUGAAGCUGCUGGCCCUCGACGGCUAUCUCUACGCGGUGGGCGGCGAGUGUCUCUUCACGGUGGAGAAGUACGACCCCCGGGCGGAUCGGUGGAGCCCGGUGGCUCCUCUGCCGAAAGGGGCUUUUGCCGUGGCUCACGAAGCCACCACCUGCAACGGGGAGAUCUACGUGUCGGGCGGGUCUCUCUUCUACCGCCUGCUCAAGUAUGACCCCAAGCGGGAUGAGUGGCAGGAGUGCCCGUACAACAGCAGCCGGCGACGCUCCGCCGACAUGGUGUCCUACAAGAACUUCAUCUACCGCUUCGACGUGAGCAGCAGCCGUGGGGAGCCGGGGCAGGCCGGUGGGGUGGAGGUCUUCCGGUACAAUUCGGUGGCCAAGCACUGGAGUCAGUGUGCUUCCUUGCGCCCCGGUGGCAACCCGGUGCAGCCGUUCCGCUGUGCCGCCUUGGGCAGCGCCAUCUACUGUGUCAACCGGACUGGAAUGCUGUGCUUUGCCCUGUCCCAGAAUGGCGAGGUGGAAGCAGAUGGUGGACUCAAGGGGAGCUUUGAGCCAGAACUUCUCAAAGCCCCAUUUGAUACUAAAGGGGUCCUUCUCCCGUUUGUACUUACCCUGCCGGAGAAAGAGAAAACGGGGGAGCCAGAAAGUCCUCUGACGUUAUGAGAACUGACCUAGCUCUGGGAAGGCCGGCUGGAGUUUAUCUCAGUGCUUUGCUCUGAUGAAUAUCGGCAGGACCAGGCCUCUGCCAAGGGAAGGGUCAGAGCAGGUGCAUGGUCUCCAGCCUUCAUUGGUGGUGGUAGUGAUUGGGGCUGCAGUUUAACUUGCAGAGGCUAAUCCAAGGCGAAAAGUGUGUAACAGCCUCUUUGCACCGAAAGAAACAAACAGAAAGCCACUGUCAGAAGUUUACCAAAUUAACACGUGCAUCCACCACUAUGGAUGGAGAAUUGGGAUGGUGUGUCCCACCUAAAGCGUUGGCUAGCUGGCUGUAGCCUCUCAGAGCUCUCUAGCAUAGUUCACAUAGGAAACGGCUCACCUCUCAGCACAGAUACAAAGCAGUCAUUGCAAAGCUGCUAAAAUAGAUUAAUUGUUGUGCAAUGCCCGUGCCACUUUCCAGUCUAGAAGUAUUUUGGAGAUACAUAUAUAUAAAAUUCAGGAAAGCAGCAACUUUCAAAGGAAUUUCAGCUAUGAAAUGGUUCUUUUUGUAAAUAUGCAUCUUUGGAAAAGGGGAAUCUUUCUUUUUCUUUUGCCUCCCUGCCCUCUUGGCUUUCUUUUCUUGGAUGCUCGUAGUAAUUACCAGAAGAAAAGCUGCUGGCAGUCCCCAUUCAGAGAGUAUACCUUUUAGGAAGAUUAACAGGGGAAAGAAACAAUGCUUCUUGUGUUGGAAGCAGUGGACUAUAGAGCCAGGUCACAGUAUCCUCCCUCCUUUCCCCCUUUUUAACAUUUAAUGGAGUCUUUAUUGAAGACAUGGCGUUGUACAGCCUUAGGAAGUUGCAUCCACAGUGUGUGAUUUAACAGAAUCCAGAUUUCAAGGUUUUUAAAAAGUUAAAUGUCUCCCAUAUGUACAUAGUGGGAGUAGAAAGCCUCCUAUAUGUACAUUUUGGGUUUAGAGGUUAACUAAAACAAACAAAUCAAUGCAUCAAUUCAAAUUUGAAUUUUGCUUCUUUUUUUUGUAAAGUUGUGCAUAUAUAUAUAUAUAUAUAUAUAUAUGACACAUCAUAAUUAUCAAUUUUGGUUUUAACAUAACUGCUGGCUUUCAAUCAUGGUUUUGUAUUGUAACUCAUUCAUUCAAAUGUUGGCAAAUUGGCAUGAAUGAACAUACCUGUAAAUUCUUUGUAGGGGAGAUUUAAGUUCGUUUCAGAUCACUGCUGUUAACUGCAAAUCAAGUCACUGAAAAGCCAAAUGUGGUUUACUUGAAGCUUCUUGCACACAAUUGAAAUAUUUCGCUUUGAUGUCCGGAAUCCUUCUGCAAGAAAUAGCUCUUCCAUUGUUCGCAUAAGGAAACGAGAAGUUUGCUUAGACAAGGUGAUUUCCAUUCUGCCCAGGCAGCACCCUAGGUUGCAAACGAGACUGAUUUAUUGUAGUUAAUAAUUCACCUGUCAAGUUCAUUUUGUACAGAGAGGCCAUAUACUUUUGGUUUGUUUGUUUUCAUUCUAAAUCUUAUGCUGAGUAAUUGCUUGCCAGGCAGCAUGUUCUCAGAAGAAUAUCAGCCUUCAGGCUUGCAGGCAGUCCCAGCAUAUUGGCUUCCAUGUUAUAUAGAUUGGCAUCAAAACAAUUAUUUUCAGUCAAUUUAAAAUUUGACUAAGCUUUGUAAGCUUGCCUAAAAAACAACAACCCACCUGGGCUUACACAAGAGGCUUACACUAGCCCAGCGAAUGUUUUCCUUCUGUCCUUUGAAGAGCUAACCACUACUGCUGAAAGCCCCUUCAGUUCCAAACACAGUUUGCCCUGAUACAGGUGGAAGGGGGACAGGUUGCUUUUGGAGGAAAGCAAACCCCAAGCCUCUCCCUGCUUGGAGAACUAUUUUCUUGGCUUUUUGGAUCCUAGCCAUUGAGUUUUAUGGAGCUUAUUCCAGCACGUGUUCUUGCCAAAUAGAUGAAGCUCAUGCAUGCUUAUGUGGAAAUAAAUCCCAAUGGAAAUUAAUCCCAAAUUAAAAGUGAAUCACUUACUUUUGCAAUCUAUCUGAUUUUUAUCCCAUUCUUUCUUCACGAAGCAGCCCACCCUUUUCAUCUUCCAACAACACUCAGAUAGGUUUACACCAGUGGUUUUCAACUAUUGCGCCGUGGCACCCUGGGAUGCCUUGAAUGAUGCUUGAGUACCAUGGGCAACACUGGCCUCUGUCCCUCUUUCCUUCCCUCCCUCCUCUGAUGCCCUCUCAUGUCUCUGCCUCUCAAAGGCUUCCACAGCUGUUUGUUGCAGCAGCUACAUAUUCCCCAGGCAAAUGGUGCCUGGCCAGAGGAGAGGAGGGUGUUCAAAAAGAGGUGAGGGGCUGCUGGCUCUGCAGGCAAGGGUUGACAUAACUGGGCUUCUGAGGCUUGGAGCACAUUUCCCCACAGGGGAGCCACAGAAAGAAUGGGAGCUGUGGACUCAGAAAGGUUGAAAAGUCUAUGGACUAUGACUGAUCCAAUAGCAUUCAGUAACGCUCUUUGUAGCUACCCGGUUUUCUGCUCAAAUCUCCACCCUGCAGAUGCCACAAUUGCUCUCAGAUGCUCUGAAAUGCAUUUUGUCUUUCAUCUUCUGAGUUAAGCCUUCCAACCGUGAAAUAUUUAAAAGGUGCAUUUAUUUUAUAAACACAUGCAGAUUAAUUUACUGCACUGAUGUGUUUCAUAUUAGCUGGGAGAAACAUACAAACAGAUCGUGUAUUAUGGGGUACUUUGACUUCAGGCAGCACAUCCACCCAUGGAAGUUUCCAAUGGACCCAGUGGGGCUCUGUUUUCCCACCUUCCACUCCCCAUAAAUGUUCACACAACAAGUGGGCAUUACAGUUUACAGCACCCAUCCCAUGUACCCUUCCCAUGUUUCCCCUCUGCCCAAUUCAAGUGACUUGGGCAUAGAAGCAGCUUGUAUGGAUGCAGGAGGGAUGGAUGAGGAAUUGGGAGACUUGCAGGGACAUUUCAUUCCUGCUAAUGCCCUCUCAUGCUGCCGGAAGGAGGUUGUAUGUGAAACAGGGCUCCAUUGGAAUCUUCACCAUGUGCUUAAUAUAUAUUUUUUAAGGAUUAUCAUUCAGCGAAUAUUUGACCUUUAUCCCAGGGACAGCUGCUUAAAGCAAGUAACAACUUUACUUCAGAAAAGGCCCAUAGAGUCUAUUAAAAUGCAUGAUCGUUCCUUGCAAAAUGUUAACGUUAAAAUUUACUAUUUCCAACGGAAGCAGGAGAUCCUAUAAUAAAAGGC